AUGGGGCUCACUAGUCGGUCCUCGAGCGGCCGCCACACAACAACACAUCCAAUGGAUCCACCUCGCCCUGCAAGAGAUGGCCUCGAAUGGGUUUGGUUUCCGGAAGGAUACUGGGCUGAGCGAGAGAUACGCGACUUUUCCCCUGGUGUUCCAUCUGUGAAACAGGGCUCGCGCCCAAAAUGGUGGAAUCGUUCCCCAGAACGCAAAAGUAAAGGCUCCGAUAAAUCAGGGAAGGCCGAAACUAGUAGCAGAACAGCUCCUCCGACCGCUCCAGUCGACCUGCCCAGGAUCCAUAUAGGGAGUUUGCUUUCGCGAAAGGCGUCCAAGAUCUCUAAACCGGCUACUAACGAACAUUCUGCAUCGACGCCCCCAAAUAAUAGCGGCGGGCAGCAUGGCGACAAGGCCAACCGCUUGGAUGUCCAUGCCAAUACAAACAUCCCGAAGUAUUAUGCAAUCGCUCCUGCAGAACAGCUAGGUCUAUAUUGCCGGACGAAGAAGACGAUUCGGACAAAAUUUCUACCGAAAGCCACCGUAGCAGAUGACGUUUUACCGGCCGACACAGAUGCGGAAAAAGUGGCCUCUCGCACAACAAUGAUCCUAGAGGGCACUUCGCAUUAUCUUGAUCGGGUGGAGCGUGAACGUUACCCUCCCUCUGACCUGUAUACGUCGUCCGCAACAUCACACACCCCAGGCACACCGGGUUCCAGGUCACUGCGGAGAUUCGGGCUCGCUCCCUGGCAUCGCAGAAGCUCUCACGAGUCGAACCUUUCUGCUUCAAGCUCUGUAUUCAAGUUACUGCUUGGCAAGGCCCCAUCAGCCACCCCAGAUCCGGAGCAGCAAUACGAGGCGAAGGACGGGAGAGCCUACCAGAGAGUCGACAUAUCAAGUCCGGAUCCCCUUGAGCCCAACUAUCUACCAUCUGAAGCAAAGCGUGUCAAUACUCCCCCUAUGUUUCCUGGUAACCCUGCUGUCCAAGCGAGGGGGCUCUUCUUUGAUUUGAAUGCGACGUCGAGAGGCGACAACAUUAAUCAAAGCACCAGCGGGGGCUCAACGGGUAGCAGCAGCAUUGCCGCUGUCAAACGCUCAGCGGCAACAUCUCCAAGCCUGGACUGGUGGGAAGCCGAUACCAAGCAUGUAUUCACGGGCAGCAAGGCGACGAAAGCCUUGUCACCACCAGGCCCAUCAUUCGAAUUAAACCUGCCUGAGCAUCUCCCAAGUAGCCCUUUAUGCCCAAAGAACCCAAAGCACAAGAGCGGUGGGAGUGGAAUCUGCCCGUAUCAUGGGAGAAAGAGAAGCAACAAUCUGAAGAACAUCAAGAGAGCAGAUUCGCAAGAAAGCGGAGCGGCACCAAGGCCGUUAAGGACUGCAGCAGGCGAUUGA